AGAAAUUCCCCAAUACAGUCUCAGUCUGCACACCCAGCGCCAGGAAAAGCAAUGGCUUUCCGCCGCCGUCUCCUAGGUCUCUCCGCUACCGCCGCCGCCGGCCUCCGCCGGUCCCUCGCCACCGCCACCUCGCAUCCCCCGUGGGCUAUGAUGAGCGUCGAGGUGGAGGCCGUCGGAGCGCCGCGCGUGGACGUGCGCCUCGCCGAGCCACCGCAGGUUUCCCAACUAUGCUUCCCGCAGCACCUCGUCAAGACCAGAGGCAGCCCCGACCCCGCCAGCGGCGUCCUGCAAAAGCUCGCCGGCGUCGUCCGCGCCGUGAGCGGCGACGGCCUCCUCCUCCUCUCCUACGUGGACCUGCGCCUCAGGGCUCCCAACGGCGCCGAGCAGGAACCCACCGGCUUCGACCCCGCCCACGUCCCCAUCGUCACACGCUUCGUCUGCAACCCCGUCACCCGCGAGCUGUCCCGCCUCCCGGACUCCAUCUGCAACCCUAUGGGCGACCUCCGCUGCGACGGCUUCAUGGGCCUCGUCACCGGAGCCAAUCGCGGGCAGGGGCCGCCUGACAGGUUCGCCCUCGCCGUGCUGCAGGGGAACAUGAUGCUCCGUUUCCUCUCUGAAACAGGGGAGUGGGAAAUCGUGGAGGCCUCGCCGUGCCGACUCCCACUUGCGUGGCGGAUGGACUUGUGCCCGGAGGCGCACGCAGUCGGCGGUCGUCUGUGGUGGGUCGACUUGACCUGGGGCGCAAUCUCCGCCGACCCCUUCAGCGACCGGCCGGAGCUCUCCUUCGUUCAGCUGCCGACGCGCAGCGUGCUGCCGGCAGGCGCGCAGGGCGAAGAUCUUGCCAGCUACCGGCGCGUGGGUGUCAGCGAAGGGCGGCUGCGGUACGUCGAGGUCUCUCAAGAGGAACCGUUUCUUAUCAGCUCAUUUGUUCUCGACGAGGAGGCCGGCGACUGGACGCUGGAGCACCGGGUGGUGCUCAACAAGAUCUGGGGGCCAAGCAUGUGGAUACCCUUGCAGAUGAAGGGGACGACAAGCAUUGUGCUUUUGGAUCCUCUUAAUGCCAAUGUCGUGUAUCUCAUGCUAAUGUCGCAAAUUGUCAUCGUGGACUUGGAGAGGGAGGAGGUAAUUGAGAGUUGUGCAUAUAGCAGCGACUCCUACUGUAUACCAUGUGUUCUUCCACCGUGGCUUGGACAGAGCCGGAUUCCUUCUGCAGGCAAGAAGGACAUUGAGAAAAACAAGACUUUGGCAGAUGUUCUGGUUCGUUCAGACGGUCACUACAAGAGAUGAAGGUUUUCUUAAAACUAACAGAUGUCAAUUGGGAAGCUGAUGGUGGCAGCUUACUGAUGCUGCGGAAAAUCUGGAGAAUCUCGAUCAACUCACUGUAUGUCUGUAUCUUGUUUCAGGGGAAUCUGGUAGUAUUGUGAGACUUUUGGUUCACAGUGCAAUGUUCGAGUAUCUGCUGUCAACAGUGGCAAGGCAAUUCAUUCGUAUGCUUCCGCAUGUUCACUCUAACGCGAAAUCUCAUUUUGGGGCCUUGGCUUAUGCCAUAGGUGCUUAAUUGACGAUAUGUUUCCAAUGGAUCCCUAAGCUAUGUGUUGUUGCCAUUUGUGCCUCGAUGACUCUGAAUUCCUGUAUCAAAAUGAGCAUCUUUACCAACAUAUGCUGUAUUCAGUUCUUUUGUCAUUAUAACUACCUUUGCUGUUAUAA